AAUUCUAUAACUUUGCAAAGAAAGAUCAUGUAGAGCUGGGAGGUAUCUCAUUUUGAUCAGAAUUCCGCGGGCUACAAUUUUGCCUCAUUAAGAAAGGUGCUGGUUAUCUUUUUAGAGUUUCUGAAAAACUGGUUUUCCAGAAAACCGGGUCUUAAAGGGCCCUCCGCCCAAAUCCUUUUAGCCUUUUUGCCUACUCGAGGUCCUCUAUCGAAUGAUGUAUGAACGAACGAAAUCGGAGCCGGACACCUAGGGCGGUUCCCUCGUAAGUACGCGUGGUUCAGUAAUAUAUGUGCGAGAAAUGCUUUUCACAAAGUUUUCUGUUAAAAGUUAGUUAAAAUAGAUUUGUUUGAAGUUCUUUGAGGAACUGAGCAAGAAAAAAAUAUUCGUUCUUGGAGCAAUCGUUUUAAUUAAAAUUAUACCCUUUUUGGAAGAAAGAACAGUUCCAUUCGGUGUUCUUCAUUUUAGAAAAAUUUUCCAAGUGAAGGACACUCAGCGAAACAGAUUUUUACGGGGAAUAAAUCUUCCGAUGAGGGAUUGUCUCUCGCGUGAGAGAAUUAUUUGGCAAUCCUUCUAACCAAAUAUUACCUUUCCAGGAAGCUAGGAAGACUAACUACAGAAUCGGAUUGUACGUAGUAUGUGUACCGUUCGAUGGGUAAUGCAAACACUAAGACAUAAUUAACUCGCUCAAUGAUAAUAAACAGUCUGACGAUGGCGAGGGUCGUAUAUGUUACCAUUGAAGUACACGAUGAAUAGCUAUGCUCUUUUGGUCUCCGUUCUUAAUUCAUCCAAUGAAUUUGUUUGAACACAAACCGUACUUAUAUAAUCCAUGUCGAUCUGAGAAACGUGGUUAAGAACUUUUCUAAGAAUUAAGAUGUUGCUUAGUGAGAAGUAAAAUAUAAAAAAAAUGUCGAAUCAAUUAUGUAUAUUUUCAACGGUGUAUGAAUGGACUUGUUUUUAGAUAAUUGAGUGGCUUAGAAAAUUGGAUGAACCAUGAUAUUCCUGUUUAAUAUAAUGAAGUAACUAUAUAGUCAUCUGAACAAUCAUUUUUCAAUACUGUUACGUAAUUCCUUGAAGAGCACAGAAUAACAACUUUUUCGUUCUGUGUUAUUGUCAACAAUUAUCUUUAUAACAAGCAACUGAGUAAUUUUCUUGUUCUUACAAACGCAAAGAGAGAAGGAACGUGUUUGGUUAUUAGCGCAUCAUUCACGCUAUAUAUACGAACAUUAGUCCUAGUUAAAACAUUGAAUGAGGUUUAUUUCUUAGUCAAUUAAACAUCCUUCUAAGGAGGACAAGUCAUAUUUUUUAUUAAGAAUAACUAUGACUUUCACAGUUGAAACAUGUGGCCGUUUGAACUUGAAAUGCUUAUCUACGUACGCUUCUUUCCAUUCGACAGAUAUCUUCUAAAAACAUAAGAUACACGUAAAAUUUUACUUAUAAUGAUGUCAAAUGAUUGUUUUCAAUCACAAAAAAGAACAAAUUAGACCGUAUCCUACAAAGUUUCUUUGCUAGUUAAUAUGAUAGGUGUCUCCGUUUUUACUGUACUAUUUCAAUUAAUUUAUUAACAGUAUUUUAUUUUCCAUUGAGGUUAAAUUGUUGAAAAAAUGACAAGUGGUGAUAAAAAGAGUAAGAAAACAAUAGAUUGAAAUCGAAAGUUUUUAACUGAACUUUCUCUUUCAUACAGAUCAAUCAGAACCUGCUGGAGAUGGUAUAUCGUUUAAAGCAAAAUUAUUUGGUGUUGAAGAAUUAGAUGAGAGUGGUAAAGACCAAGUUUGUUUAGACGCUAUGACCAGAUUGAAAGCCUUUGUAAAAUCAAAAAAAGAAUCAAAGCAGAAAAUUCGCAUAACAUUCACAUCAUCUGGUGUUAAUCUGAUCGAUGAAUCAACACAAAUGAGCUUGGGUUUUCAUGAAAUAGAACGUAUAUCAUUUAUUAUUCCUGAUCCGAAAGAUAAACGAACAUUCGGUUAUAUUUAUGAAGAGAAAAAUGAUAGACACCAAUUUUGGGCAUUCAAAACAGAAGGAGCAGUAUGUGCUGCAUUAGUCGUAUCAGAACUCAAUCGAAUCCUUGAAAUAGCAUUUGAACAAUCCAAUAAUAAUCAAGAAUAA